UGGUCCAAUAAAGGAGGGCGGCGUGGCCUGGCCUGCAGCGACUAGGACGCGCCUGCGCAGAGGUGGCAGCACGACCGGGGUUGACUCCGGGGGCGCGGCGAGGAGAGACAUGAGGCUGAGCUGGAUCCUGACAGUACUGUCCGUCUGCCUGAGUGCCCUGGCCAUGGCCACGAGGGCCGAGGGCAAACGGAAGCUGCAGAUCGGGGUCAAGAAGCGGGUGGACCACUGUCCCAUCAAAUCGCGCAAGGGAGACGUCUUGCACAUGCACUACACGGGAAAGCUGGAAGAUGGGACGGAGUUUGACAGCAGCCUGCCCCAGAACCAGCCCUUUGUUUUCUCCCUUGGCACAGGCCAGGUCAUCAAGGGCUGGGACCAGGGGCUGCUGGGGAUGUGUGAGGGGGAAAAGCGGAAGCUAGUGAUCCCAUCUGAGCUGGGGUAUGGAGAACGGGGAGCUCCCCCAAAGAUCCCAGGUGGCGCAACCCUGGUGUUCGAGGUGGAACUGCUCAAGAUUGAAAGACGUUCAGAACUGUAGCCAGCUGCCAUGGAGGGGCAGAGGGUGGGGGGCCAUCAGGGACCAAACUUUAAAAAACAAAAAAAUCCUUAAAAGCCCAA